AUGUCCUUAUCGUUACCUCCCGACUCGCCAGCUGAGAACCGGCUGAAAUGGGUUCACCGAUGCUCUCUCAUUCUAUGGGAGCAAGACUAUGGCAUCAUCAGCGGGGAACUCGAUACCACGCUGGAAAAGUCCAAGACUUUGCGUUUAUCUCUUUUGGAAAGUCUGAUCAGCAUUGGGAAAACGCUCACCGGAAAGAUCAUCAUGCUGUUAAACCAAGCCGAUGAUAUGUCCCAGUCUCGGGAAGCGUUGACUCUGGUCCUGCACGAGGCAGAGAUUUAUAUCCAGAAUGACUACGAGGAGAGUUCGGUUUUGAGUGAUGGAGACAGUGAUGCCUCAUCGACUGUUUGUGACGACUGGCUUGAUAUUGCCGAUGAUUUGUGGACAGAUGUUCAAUGCCUUCUUGAUCUGCAGCCCAUCAUAGAAACCCCUGUUCUGACCAUCGCAGCCAAAUCAAAUAUGAGCAAGCCUCAGUGGGCUGAGCUGAAGCCUCAUACAGCGUACACUGACAAGAUCAGCAAUCGCUACCCAGAAGCCGAUCUGAAAUUGGUCGACAGGUUGGCGCGCGGAAACUGGGUUCGCUUCUUAGAAACCAAGAGCUCAAGAGAUCAAAAUCUCAGCCUCGGUUGGGUAAAAGGCACAAUCAAUGAGACUCAGGGCAAAACUAAACCACCCAUCUCUGAGCACCCAUCCACCUUCCAUGACUCUGGCAUAGGCUCUUCCGCUCCCAGCCUCAGCCUAUACGCGGAGACCGUCAUGUCGUAUCACCAGUCAGAACGGGAAUCCGUUCGCGUGCCACCUCUCCCAGAAGGUGCUAAAAAUGGAAUGCCAUUUGACUGUAUCGCUUGUGGGAGAAAUCUAAUGAUUCGAAGCAAUAAGCGCUGGAAGAAGCACUUGUAUUCCGAUCUUCACCCAUGGAUGUGUCUCGAUUUGCAGUGCAAUUUUGGCGAGACAGCAUUUGAAAAACGUCAAGACUGGGUCGAUCACCUCGCUUUAGACCACAAACUGGCUAACGAUUGGAAGGGGUUCUCAUGCCCACUUUGUCAUGAGGCCCUUGAUGACGGCCAGGAUAACAUCACACGACACCUUUCAGCACACAUGGAGGAAAUUUCUUUAUCUGCCAUCCCUGCAGCUGUCGAAUCCGACCAUGACUCAGACUCAACAUCGGACACAAGUGAUGAUGAGGUCAAGCCAGCUGGAAGGACUCUAAUGCGCGUUAGGCCCAGCAUCGCCGAGCCUAACAAUUUAGGUCCUUUCAGAAACAGAAAGAAAAUAACCCACGAACAAUGGGAGGCCAAACGUCCCAUCAUCGCAGAUCUGUAUGUGAGACGUCAGAUGACGCUUAAGGAAGUAAUGAAACGGCUCGAAAGCAACUAUGGCUUCAUAGCAGCGUAA